AUGGGUUUCGGCAUCCAGCUGGCCCUGCUGAUGUGGAAGAACUUCACGUAUCGGCGCAGGCAGACGGUCCAGCUAAUUGUGGAGGUCUUGUGGCCGCUCUUCUUGUUUUUCAUCCUCAUCUCGGUACGGCGCUCUCACCCGCCUUUCGAGCAGCACGAAUGUCACUUUCCAAACAAAGCCUUACCGUCCGCUGGGACUCUGCCAUGGAUUCAAGGCAUCAUCUGUAACGUGAACAACCUUUGCUUCCGGUACCCGACCGCCGGAGAGACGCCAGGAUUGGUGGGGAACUUUGAUCAUUCCAUCAUCUCCCGCCUGUUCGCUGAUGCCCGGAAGGUGCUCCUCCAUGUGAACAACCUGCAAGCCGAGGACAGUUUCUCCCAGCUUCUGUCUGCUUUGCGUCAGCUCAGCGGCGAUGGAAAACUGUGGACAGCCAUCCCGGUCAGGGACUACUUGAGAGAAAACGAGACUUUCUCUCGGUUCCUCAGCACGAACGCCUCCCUCUCACCCGGCUUGGUGGAAGAUCUGCUUGGGGCUGAGCUUAGCCCACGCGUGUUCUCUCGCACUGAAUUGUCCUUGAAGGAGAUUGUUUGCAACGCCUCGGUUCUCGCAGAGUUUCUGACGGUGAAGAAAGUCGGGGCGGCUGAAGACCUGCAGAAAGCGCUGUGCAUUUUGCCUCCCUCCACUCUUCGGGCCAUAGAGCUCAGCUUCGUCUCCCAGCUGGAUUGGGUCAAAAUAUUUGAAGUCUCUUCCAUGACCAGCUUUGUGGAGUUCCGCGAGGCCCUGCAGAAUCUGUCUGGAGGUGGUGCUGCCUUUUCCCCUCAAGGAGCAUUUGAGACGGUGUCCCGGAUCGUGUGCGGUCACCCCGAAGGAGGCAACUUGAAAAUCCCCUCCCUGAACUGGUAUGAGGACAACGACAUCAAGAGCUUUCUCGGCCGCAAUGGAUCGGAGCAGAAGUCCGUCUCCUUGGACAACGCCACGAGCCCUUAUUGCAAAGAUCUGGUCAGGAGCCUGGAAUCCAACCCGCUCUCCCGCAUCUUAUGGCAAGGCAUCAAACCCUUGUUCGUCGGCAAAAUUUUGUACACCCCUCCUACGCCAGCCACGCAGAAGGUCAUGGCUGAGGUGAACCGGACGUUCCAAAACCUGGCUGUGCUUCGUGAGGUAAGGGGGGCCUGGCAGGACCUGGGCCCCCAGAUCUACACCUUCAUGAACACAAGCCUGGAAGUUGCCGUUAUUCAGAACCUUCUGGAAACCCCGGGGGUGGCCCAUUUUGUGGAGCAGCGCCUCAACGGAACAUUCUGGAACGUGACAACCUUGAGGGACUUCCUGUCGACGGACUCGGGGGGCCGGGCCUACACUUGGCGCGAUUUCUAUGCUGAAGUGGAUGAGGUUAUUGGCACCUUGUCUCGGUUUAUUGAGUGUGUCUCGCUGGACAAGAUUGAGGCGGUGUCUUCUGAAGAGCACCUCGUCUCCCGAGCCAUGCGGCUGCUGGAGGACCGCCAGUUCUGGGCCGGAGUCGUGUUCCUCCUGCCAGAAAACCAAAGUGAGCUUGGCCCGGACUUGCCGGCCCGCGUCCGCUUCAAGAUCCGCAUGGACAUUGAUGAUGUCACCCGCACCAACAAGAUCAAGGACAGGUUUUGGGACCCAGGGCCAGCUGCUGACCCCUUCGAAGACCUGCGGUAUGUUUGGGGCGGCUUCGUCUACGUGCAGGACCUCGUGGAGCAGGCGGUGGUGCGGGUUCUCGCUGGGAUGCCGCUGCCGCAUCGCGCCGGCGUCUACGUGCAGCAGAUUCCCUACCCCUGCUUUGUGGAUGACGUCUUCCUGCGUGUCUUAAACCGCUCCCUGCCUCUCUUCAUGACGCUGGCUUGGAUCUACUCGGUGGCUAUGAUCAUCAAAGGGGUUGUCCAUGAGAAGGAAGCGCGCCUGAAAGAGACCAUGAAGAUCAUGGGGCUGAAGAGCGCCACCCUCUGGCUCAGCUGGUUCCUCAGCAGCUUCAUCCCUUUCCUUGUCAGCGCCGCGUUGCUCGUCCUGAUCCUCAAGCGAGGAGACAUCCUGCCCUACAGCAACCCCGCCGUGGUCUUUCUCUUCCUGGCAGCCUUCGCGGUGGCCACCAUCUCCCAGUGUUUCCUCAUCAGCACCUUCUUCUCCCGCGCCAACCUGGCCUCGGCCUGCGGGGGCAUCAUCUACUUCUCCUUCUACCUGCCCUACGUGUUGUGCGUGGCUUGGCGCGACCACAUCACCUUUCCUCUGCGGCUCUUGGUGAGCCUCAUGUCCCCCGUGGCGUUUGGCUUCGGCUGCGAGUACUUCUCCCUCUACGAGGAGCAAGGGAUGGGCGUACAGUGGCACAACCUCAAUGCCAGCCCCGUGGAAGGCGAUCGCUACACGUUUGCCACAUCGGUGGGGCUGCUUCUCUUCGAUGCGCUUCUCUAUGGCCUGGCCACGUGGUACAUUGAAGGCGUGUUUCCAGGUCAAUAUGGGAUCCCAAAGCCUUGGAAUUUCCCCUUCCAGAAGAGUUACUGGUUUGGGGAGUCUGCCAGCGAUGGCUCCCCUCACCCCUUUCCUACGAACUCUCUCAACUCCGCAGAAGCGCUGACGGAGGAGCCUCCUGCCCACUUACAGGUGGGCGUCUCGAUCCGCAACCUGGUGAAGAUCUACCACAGCAGCAAAAAGAUUGCCGUCAACGGGCUGAGCCUUAACUUCUACGAGGGUCAAAUAACAUCCUUCCUGGGCCACAACGGUGCCGGCAAGACCACGACCAUGUCCAUCCUGACUGGCCUGCUGCCCCCCAGUUCUGGCACUGCCUACAUCCUGGGGAGGGACAUCUGCAUGGACAUGGAUGUCAUCCGGAAGACAAUGGGAAUGUGUCCUCAACACAACGUCCUGUUCGACAUCCUGACUGUGGAAGAACACAUCUGGUUUUACGGACGUCUGAAGGGCCUUUCUGGAAAGCAGGUCCAGGAGGAGAUGGAGCAGAUAAUCCAGGAUGUGGGGCUGCCCCACAAGCGAUGGGAACAGACUAAGAACCUGUCGGGCGGGAUGCAACGGAAGCUCUCGGUAGCCAUUGCCUUCGUGGGCGGCUCCAAGGUGGUGAUUCUGGACGAGCCCACAGCCGGUGUGGACCCGUACUCGCGCCGAGGCAUCUGGGAGCUGCUGUUGAAAUAUCGUGCAGGCCGCACUGUCAUCCUGUCCACCCACUACAUGGACGAGGCGGACCUUCUGGGCGACCGCAUCGCCAUCAUUUCGCAGGGCCGGCUCUGCUGCUGCGGCUCUUCCCUCUUCCUCAAGACGAAGCUGGGCACCGGCUACUACCUGACCCUGGUGAAGCAAGAGGCCGGCGGGGCUCGCCAGAGGGUGAGCUUGGCCAACGGCCUCGUGCCCACCGGUAAAAAGGAUGAUGAUAAUUCGGAGAGGAGCAGCAAUACAGGUCUAGGGAGCGAACCGAACAGCGAAUCCAGUGUCUUUGAUGUGCAACAGCUCACAGCUCUGAUCCAGAAACUGGUCCCGGGCUCACGGCUGGCCGAGGAUAUCGGCCAAGAGGUGCUCUACGUCCUGCCGUACAGCGGUGCCAAAGAGGGUGCGUUUGGGGAGUUGUUCCGGGAACUGGACAGCCGCCUGGGCGAACUUGGCAUCUCCAGCUACGGCAUCUCUGACACCAGCUUGGAAGAGAUCUUCUUGAAAGUGGCCGAGGACACUGGUGUGGAUGCAGAAGGUGCUGCUGAGGCCCCUCCGAGGUUCAGCACAUCCACGCCGGCCCCCGCGUACCCUCUGAAGGCCCUCAGUGAGGACACAGAAAUGGCUGAUGCCGAACCGGCCGAAGAACCAACUGAGACGGAUCUCUUGCGUGGCACCAGCGCCCAGGACUCCUGCCGCCUGACGGGCUGGGCCUUGACGUAUCAGCAGCUGUGUGCCCUCUUCACCAAGAGGUUCCUGUACGCCCGGCGAAGCACCAGGGGAUUCUUUGCACAAAUUGUGCUUCCUGCCGUCUUCGUCUGCGUCGCUCUGCUCUUCAGCCUGAUCGUCCCACCCUUUGGCAGGUACCCGCCGUUGCCUCUCACGCCCUGGAUGUACGGGCCCCAAACGACCUUUUUCAGUGAUGACUCCCCAGGGGACGCAGACUCUGCACUACUCCUGGAAGCCCUUCUGGAAGACCCUGGCUUUGGCACCGGGUGCAAGAGAAGUGCCUCAGAGCUGGAGCAGCCGUGCUCACUGCCGGCCUCGCACGCUUGGAACUUCGUGACCCCGCAAGUGCCUCAGUCCCUGGUGGACAUUUUCGAGAACGGCAACUGGACUCCAGCAGACCCCUCUCCGGCAUGCGAAUGCAGUUCCCGGAUGGCUCGGAAGAUGCUGCCUGAUUGCCCUGAAGCGGCCGGAGGGCUGCCGCCACCCCAGAUGCAGACUAACACAGGUGACAUCCUACAGAACCUCACUGGAAGGAACCUUUCGGAUUACCUGGUGAAAACAUACAGCAGGAUCAUUCGCAAAGGGUUAAGAACCAAGAAAUGGGUUCAUGAACAGCGGUAUGGCGGAUUCUCUCUGGGUGCCCGCCCCUUGCAAGCUCUGCCAACCCCCCAGGAAGUGAAUGCUACUGUGGAAAAGAUCCGUGGCUUUCUCAGCAUCACUCAGGGGAGUUCUCUGGACCAGCUGUUGAGCAACCUUAGUAGUUUCAUUGAUGGACUGGAGUCAUCUGACAAUGUCAAGGUCUGGUUCAACAACAAGGGGUGGCACGCCAUGGUGUCUUUCGUCAACGUGAUGAACAAUGGCCUCCUCCGGGCCAGUCUUCCUGCCGGCUUAGACCGUUCACGCUACGGUAUCAUGGUGAUUAACCACCCGCUCAACUUGACCAAGGAGCAGCUCUCGGAGGCAGCCCUGAUGGCCACCUCGGUAGAUGUCCUGGUCUCCAUCUGCGUGAUGUUUGCCUUGUCCUUCGUCCCCGCCAGCUUCGUCCUCUUCCUCAUCGAAGAGCGGGUCAGCAAAGCCAAGCACCUGCAGAUCGUCAGCGGCAUGAAACCCGGGGUCUACUGGCUGGGCAACUUUGCUUGGGACAUGUGCAAUUAUCUCGUUCCGGCCGUUCUGGUGGUCCUGAUCUUCAUCUGCUUCCAGCAGAAGUCCUAUGUGUCGCCGGCUAACCUCCCGACCCUAAUUCUGCUGCUCCUUCUCUACGGCUGGUCGAUCACACCCCUGAUGUACCCAGCCUCCUUCUUCUUCAGUGUCCCCAGCACGGCUUACGUGGCCCUGACGUGCAUCAACCUCUUUAUUGGGAUCAACGGCAGUGUGGCGACUUUCGUCCUUGAACUCUUUACGGAUAAGAAACUGAACGACAUCAACGUCAUCUUGAAGAAAGUCUUCUUGGUCUUUCCCCACUUCUGCCUAGGCCGGGGGUUGAUCGACAUGGUGAAAAACCAAGCCAUGGCCGACGCCUUUGAGAGGUUCGGCGACAAGCAUUUUAUUUCUCCGCUCAGCUGGGACCUGGCCGGGAAAAAUAUCUUUGCCAUGGCUGUUGAAGGGGUCAUCUUUUUCAUCUUCACCAUCCUGGUGCAGUACAAAUUCUUCAUCCAUCUCCGGCCUUUCCCUGUCAAGCUGCCUCCCCUGGAGGAGGAGGAUGAGGACGUGGCCAAAGAACGGAAGAGGAUUGUGAGCAGGAAGCACCGGGGAGACAUCUUGGUGCUCCAAGACCUGACAAAGGUUUACCGGAGGAACAGGAAGCCAGCCGUGGACCGUUUGUGCGUGGGGAUCCCUCCAGGAGAGUGUUUUGGCCUCCUGGGUGUGAACGGUGCCGGGAAAACUUCGACCUUCAAAAUGCUGACGGGGGACUCGGAGGUGACCUCGGGAGAGGCAUUUCUAAAAGGCUAUAGUGUGCUUAGCGAUCUGCAAUCCAUCCAUCAAAACAUGGGCUACUGUCCCCAGUUCGACGCCAUCAACAACCUUCUGACGGCUCGCGAGCACCUCCGGUUCUACUGCCGCCUGCGUGGGGUCCCAGAGAGCACAAUUCCUGGGGUAGUCCAGGGGGGGCUGUCCACUCUUGGCCUGACGCAGUAUGCAGAUAGACCCGCCGGCCGGUACAGCGGGGGGAACAAACGCAAGCUGUCCACGGCCAUCGCCCUCAUUGGAGCGCCGCCUGUCAUCUUCCUGGAUGAGCCAACGACUGGGAUGGACCCGCGGGCGAAGCGUUUCCUGUGGAACUGCAUCCUGGGUGUGAUCAAGGAUGGCAGGUCCGUGGUGCUCACAUCACACAGCAUGGAGGAAUGUGAGGCCCUGUGCACCCGAAUGGCCAUCCUGGUGAAUGGCCGGUUUCGAUGCCUGGGGAGCGUGCAGCACCUGAAGAACAGGUUCGGAGAUGGAUACACUAUCGUGCUUCGGGUCUCCGGGGCCAACCCAGACCUAGGUCCCCUGGAGAAGUUCAUCUGGGACGCCUUCCCCAGCAUAAUUCUCAAGGAGAAACACCACUGCACCCUCCAGUACCAACUGCCGUCUCGUGGCUGUUCCCUGGCCAAGAUCUUCGGUGUCCUCUCGGCUCACCAGGGUACCUACCACAUAGAAGACUACUCCGUCUCACAGACCACCCUCGACCAGGUGUUUGUACAUUUCGCUAAGGACCAAAGCGACGAAGACCAUCUUAGAGACGCGUCCCCCGUGGCUGACUCCAAGAACCCCAACAGCCACUGGCGAAGAAUCACUGGUUUCUUGGAAGAUAACAAUGUGCAAGAAAGCAGAGUAUGA